CGGGCGGAGCGGGGUUGGGCCGCGACGGCAGGGCCGUCUCAGGCCGCCGUCCCGCCCUCCCGUCCGGCCGCCGCCGCCGCCGCCGCCGCCUGGGGCUUGGUUGAGGCGGACGGUGGGGUUCGGGCAGGAGUGUGGCGCCGCUGCUGCGCGAAGGGGAAGCAGGCAGUCAGAAAAUGGGGAAGAAGAGUCGAGUGAAAACUCAGAAAUCGGGCACUGGUGCUGCAGCGACCGUGUCCCCAAAGGAGAUCCUGAACCUCACCAGCGAGCUGCUGCAGAAGUGCAGCGGCCCUGCCCCCGGCCCAGGGAAGGAAUGGGAAGAGUACGUGCAGAUCCGGUCCCUCGUUGAGAAAAUACGGAAAAAGCAAAAAGGUCUGUCCGUUACCUUUGAUGGAAAAAGAGAAGAUUACUUUCCCGAGCUAAUGAAAUGGGCCUCUGAAAACGGAGCAUCUGUGGAGGGUUUUGAGAUGGUCAGUUUCAAAGAAGAAGGCUUUGGUUUGCGAGCCACGAGAGAUAUAAAGGCAGAAGAAUUAUUUUUAUGGGUUCCACGAAAGUUACUAAUGACUGUUGAAUCUGCUAAAAGUUCCGUGUUGGGGCCCUUGUAUUCUCAAGACCGAAUCCUUCAAGCCAUGGGAAAUAUCACGCUGGCCUUUCAGCUGCUCUGUGAGAGAGCCAACCCCGACUCUUUCUGGCAGCCCUACAUUCAGAGUCUGCCCAGUGAGUACGACACUCCUCUCUACUUCGAGGAAGAUGAAGUCCGGUACCUCCAAUGCACGCAAGCCAUCCACGAUGUCUUCAGCCAGUAUAAAAACACAGCGCGCCAGUACGCCUACUUCUACAAGGUGAUCCAGACCCAUCCUCACGCCAACAAGCUGCCCUUGAAGGACUCUUUCACUUACGAGGACUACAGGUGGGCUGUGUCCUCUGUGAUGACAAGACAAAACCAGAUCCCCACAGAGGACGGCUCCCGGGUGACCCUGGCCCUCAUCCCCCUGUGGGACAUGUGCAAUCACACCAACGGUCUGAUCACCACUGGCUACAACCUGGAGGAUGACCGCUGCGAGUGUGUGGCCCUACGGGACUUCAGGGCUGGCGAGCAGAUUUACAUUUUUUACGGCACUCGGUCAAAUGCAGAGUUUGUGAUCCACAGUGGCUUCUUCUUUGACAACAAUUCGCACGACAGAGUGAAAAUCAAGCUCGGUGUGAGUAAAAGUGACCGGCUCUACGCCAUGAAGGCCGAGGUCUUGGCUCGCGCCGGCAUCCCAACCUCCAGCGUGUUUGCAUUGCACUUCACGGAUCCGCCCAUCUCUGCCCAGCUCCUGGCCUUUCUCCGCGUCUUCUGCAUGACCGAAGAAGAACUGAGAGAGCAUUUGCUAGGAGACAGCGUUAUCGAUAGAAUCUUCACCUUGGGCAACUCGGAAUUUCCCGUGAGCUGGGACAAUGAGGUCAAACUGUGGACGUUUCUUGAAGACCGAGCAUCGCUGCUUUUAAAAACCUAUAAAACAACUAUUGAGGAAGACAAGGCUUUCCUGAAGGGUCAUGAGCUCUCGGUCCGGGCCAGGAUGGCAAUCAAGCUGCGGCUGGGUGAGAAGGAGAUCCUGCAGAGAGCAGUGAGGGCUGCCGCCGGGAACCGCGAGUUCUACCGCCGACAGCUGCAGGAACGGGCCCCUCUGCCCCGGCACGAGGAGAGCGCCCUGGGGCUGCUGGAGGGCGGGGUGGUGGACUCAGGGCUCCCCCUGGUCCUGAGGAACCUGGAGCAGGAGGGCGCCGGGCAGGAGGCAGUCAGCAGAGUCCAGGCGGCGGAGAACGGGCUGGUCAAUGGCCGGGACUCGGCCCCCCACGGGAUGCGGCCAGAAAAGGGAGGCUCCAGCCCAGAAGAGCGCCCUAGGGUGCCUGGAGAUGCCAAAGAACCUCCUUCCAGCCAUGGCCAGGCCACGGGCAAGCAGCCCUGA